AUGGUUGCCAUCGGCGGCUCAGAAAAUUUCUACAGCGUGUUUGAAGCAGAAUUGGCGGAAGCUAUUCCUGUUGUGCAUGUUAGUAUUGCGGGAUGCCGCAUCAUUGGCCGGAUGACUGUUGCCAAUAAAAACGGUUUGCUCGUGCCAUCCUCCACUACAGACACAGAAUUACAACAUAUACGCAACAGUUUACCAGAUAACGUUAAAGUGCAGCGAGUCGAGGAAAGACUCAGCGCCCUCGGCAACGUCAUAGCAUGUAACGAUUAUGUGGCAUUAGUACACCCAGAUCUUGACCGUGACACUGAAGAAAUUCUAGCCGACACGCUCAAUGUGGAAGUAUUCAGACAAACCGUCGCCGGAAACGUCCUUGUCGGCUCAUACAUAGCGCUCACUAACCGAGGAGGUCUAGUUCACCCUAAAACCACAAUACAAGACCAAGACGAGUUAUCUUCCUUAUUACAAGUGCCUCUUGUAGCUGGCACUGUAAACAGAGGUAGUGAAGUUGUUGCAGCAGGAAUGGUAGUCAAUGACUGGAGUGCCUUCUGUGGUAUGGACACCACCUCAACAGAAAUAUCAGUAAUUGAAAGUGUUUUCAAACUGAAUGAUGCUAAACCAACGGCCAUCACAUCCACAAUGCGUGCUUCACUCAUCGACAGUAUGUCAUAA